GUUCCCCGCGCGGCUGUCCAGCGUCCUCGAGGUCCCCCACUGCGGCCGUGCCAGCGGGCCCGCGUCAACGAGCGAGCCGGGCAGCGGCGGUUCGGAGGCUCUUUCGGGCGGGCGUCAGAGUUACGCCACCGAUCGGGGCUGUUGACGUGGGCCGGUUUCAACAGCGCUUGGAAACGGGCGAUCGAGUGUCUCCAUGCCCCAAUUGCCCCGCGGCGCGAAACAUUUCGAGGAGCGUUCGGGAUUUCCCCGUGCGAAGUGGCCGGCGCUUAUCAGGCCGCCAAGGGUGUAACCUUUCCGGCGCGUAUCUCGGGCGCCGCAAUCUACUCCUCUUCAGACAGUCUGGCACCAUGGCGCCACGCGGACUGACGCUGUGCUUGGUCGUGUGGAGCCUGCGGGCAGUCGCGUCGUCGUCGCCGUCCUGCCACAUCUCGAGCCGCAACACGUCGGCCUCGGUGACCUGCUCGCACUUCGGCAGCCCCAGCGACUUCGAGCACUUCAUCCAGCGGCCGCUGUCGCACCCGACGCUCAGCUUUCUGCUCAAGGACUCGCGGCUCGACGCCCUGCCGUCGGGGGCCUUCGUGGACGUGAGCGCCACCUCGCUCGAACUGAGCAACGUGAGCGUUGCGUCGUUUGCCUUCGCCGAAUCCAACCCUUUCGCCGGCCUCGAGGCGUCCCUCGAGAGCAUCACCUUCAGCGAUGGCAGCAGCCUCCCGGAGUCCUGGGUCAUCCUCAAGGACCUGAGCAACCUGAUCAACGUCAGCCUCUCCAACCUGAGCCUGGUGAAUCUGACGCGGGACUUCGGCCAGCUCCCCGCGAGCGUGCGUCAUGUGGUCGUGCACUCCUCGACAAUCGGAUACGUGGACGAGGACUGGCUCGGGGCCCUGCCCAACCUCCAGGCGGUCACAGUCCAGAACAGCGACCUCACGGUCUUCCUUAGGUCCAUGCUUCCCAAACCAGCCGCCGCGCUCACGACCCUCGAACUGCAAGGCAACAACUUGACGCUGCUACCGAAGGACUUUGGUGACGAGCUACCGGCCCUUAGGACACUGGACCUGUCUCACAACCACAUCACUACCUUGGAGGAAGAGAGCUUGCGGCAGCUUCAGACCACUGUCACCCGCGUCAGUCUGUUCGGUAAUCCGCUGCAUUGCGACUGCCAACUGCGGUUUCUGCUGUCGUUCCCGGAUAUCUGGAGACACGCAGCCUGCUCAAGCCCCGGAACUCAAGGACCGCAACGCCUCUCUGAGUGACGUCACGGAGGCGGACCUGCAAUGCGCUCAGAGUACUUGACUUGCUACCGCCGGCACUGCAUGUACAUAAACUGCUAUCCCGGGGCUCCGGCCUCGUCCAGGACUGGCACCGAACGACCGGAGGACAAUGUUUUGGUCGGGGCGAACAACAACCGCUCGCCUACUCCAUUGUGCAUGAGGCAGGAUCAAGUCGUGAACGCGCUGCUCCUGAAGUCGGUGCCCGAACAAGCGGCCUUGGGCCUCUAUUACUCUACUGACUGCGCGCACUUUCAAGACCAGGAAAUUACCCCCGGAUAAUAAAUGUUGUUCGUUUUUUACAA